AUGUCAACAACAAAGAAGAAGAAGAAUACUACAGUACAACCAAUGGCGAUUGAUUCAUUACCAACGGGGAAAAAGACAACGGGACGGAAACCAAAGACUACAACAACAACAACAACUACUACAUCUACAACUUCAACAAGGAAGAAGAAGUCAGGAUCUACUUCCAAGUCUACAAAGAAGAAAGCUGGUGAUCAAUUGGACAAUGGAGACAUUAUGAUAAGUGAUUCAGAGGAAGAGCUCGACUACUUUUCAUUCAAAGCAGACACUGGCAAGACAUCGUCACGCACUCUUGCCGACACAAGGCUACUUGAUGGCUCGGAGGUGGCCAGCUUGCUUGACUCGAUGCCAGAGAAGCAUCAAGAACUCAAGGCUAAGCUUCUUGAGAAGUACAGUCUGAACAAGUCGCAUGAGAUGUGGAACGAUCUCACAAUGGGCUACAACCUGUUGCUCUAUGGAUAUGGCAGCAAGAAGGAGUUGAUCAAUCAGUUCCGUAAUCGAUUCUGUCUUGAUGGGCCACACAUAGAGAUCAACGGCUAUCUACCAAUAUUCAACAUCAAAGAUCUACUGUACUGCAUAUCUAACAAGUUGUUCCUAUCAAAUGAGCGCUUUUCCACACCUAUACAUCAUGUCGAACACAUCAAGGCAUUGUUUGAGGCCAAGGCCAAUAGAAGGAGAGAGAGAGAUCGCAACCUCACGUCGGCAUCGGAUAUGGCUACAAUGCCAAAUGGCUCUUUCAUGGAUGAUGAUGAAGAACAUAUACGGAGAAAGAACUUUGAGUUGUACGACGUGAUCUAUCUGAUCAUACACAACAUCGACGGCGUGUCUGUGCGUCACCAGAAGAUUCAAAAGGUUCUUGGUAGUCUUGCCGAGAUUCCCAACAUCCGCAUCAUUGCCUCGAUCGACCAUGUCAACAGUCCCAUCUUAUGGGAUCUCAACAUGACAGUGCAGUUCAAUUGGAUGUGGCACGAUGUACCUACAUUUGCGCAAUACACAGUGGAGACGGCUUAUGAGUUGUCGCUACUGUUCACUCGUGGACAAAAGAUGAACGUCAAGUCGGUAGUUGUCAUCCUCAGAAGUCUUACACCAAAUGCGCGAUCCAUAUUCAAAGUGCUACUGGAAUACCUGAUUGGGAACAAGGAGAAGAGGAUGUCGUUCAACCUUUUGUUCGAUCGAUGUGUCGACAUGUUCCUAAUAUCAUCAGAGGCGAUGCUACGCGCUAUGUUGGUGGAGUUCACCGACCAUGGUGUCAUUUUGAACAAGGUCGAAGCUGGCGAGUCAUACUUUAUCGUGCCCGUGGCGCCAACAUCUCUGGGUCAGAUCCUAACCGAGAUGAAGGAGCUUGAUGCAACCACUCAAUAG